AUGACGUCAAUGCAACGAGUAAUAACAACUGAACAAAUCCAAGAACUGAAGGCUAAACUUAAUUGUUUUUACAAGAAUUUACUGAUAGAACUACUAAAAAGGGAUUCAAGUGGAAAUGUGAAAGUCUUCAAUCAUCCUAAAUAUCUACUUGGAUUUUCAGACAUUCAAAUUUCUCAAGUAAUUACACAUGCCCCCAAGAUUUUUACAAUUGAUGACAUUUGCAAUCACAUUGAAAUUUGGGAUGUAAAGCAUGCCCAUAAAGUAUAUCAAAUUAUGCAGAAUGUGUUUGGAAACAUGGAAGGAGACAACACAUAUAGUGAUAUUGAUGAAAUAUCUUCAGAUGAAGAUGACUUGCUCCCAGAAGAUUGGGAUGACCUUGGGGUUGAUGAAGAACUAGCUGAAAUGGCAAUUGAUGAACUAAGUUUUUUUCAAAUGAACUUAUCAAAUGAUGAUUCAAUGGAUUGCAGUGCAAGUGAUGCAGAUGUACCUUUUCCUGCUAUUAGGGCAUUAAUGAACUUGAGUUUUGAUGCUGUGUUGGACAAAUAAGUAAGCAUUUUAUACACAUUACUAUUUGAAGUGAUUAGGGUUAUUGCCACUUAAAGGCUUCACAGGACACAUUUUAACCAAUAGAACAGUCCGACUAACCCAUUGAGUGUCAGUAAUCUCAUCAUCACAAGUAAAAUUGUCUGGUAUUAGACAGAGUAAAAUAAUUAAGUAGGGUGCAUUAGGGCAUAUUUGUUUUAAACAGUUAACACGCCUGCUUUGUUAGUUUAUCGGCGGGGGUAAUUUGCAGAAUGUAUAACACAACUUCUGUAUUUUUGCUCAGCUUUUACGGUGUUAGAACACUUUCGGACAGCUUUUAUGUAUAACCGCUGAGCGAAAGUACAGAAGUAGUGUUCUGCAUUAUGCAAAUUACCCCCGCCCUUAGUUUACUGUAUAUAACAUCAGGCACAUAAAUUACCUCAUGUUUUUAAAUAAUUUGUUCUAUAUAAAUUACUAUGUUAAUAAGACAUUUUACUGUACUUGGUCAUGUUUGAGCUGCAUCCUAAGCUACAAAUAAGGAUGAUUGGUAUCGCAAAUUUACAUGUGGUAUUAUACACAUACACUUUACAUCAAGUAUUAUACACUUAUGGUACCUAUAAUUACAUAUUAUAGAUUAUUUUAUAUUAAAUUUACAACAAUUGUG